CUCUUUGUUUGUCAUUUGCUUCUUAUUGUGUAUCAUGGCUGGUAAGGAAGUGUCUGUUCCUCUUAUGAAACUACAGGAACAAGUAACUUGUGGCAAGUGUUUCAAUGUCUUCACUAAACCCAAGACACUCUCUUGUCACCAUUCAUUCUGUCAGCAGUGUAUUGAGGGAUUAGCUACCAUCCCUACCUUCUCUGUGGCCUGCCCUACCUGUCAUCAACACACUGAGCUACCAGACUAUGCUGGAGCUGCUGGCUUUUCUGUGGCACCUCAGAUUGUCGAGUUAAAGCAAAUGUAUGAUAGUCUAUCAGUGCAUGUCAAGUGUGACAAUUGUGCUAAUCUUGAUGUUUGUGGAUAUUGUAAGGAAUGUAAUCUAUCGAUAUGCCAGCAAUGCAUUGAUAUGCAUAAGAAUUGGUCUCCUUUUGCUGAUCAUGUUAUAGUAGGAUCGUUGAAUGAUGAGUCACCUAUUGACAAAGCUGCUUCACAUGUGAAGACCAUUCUGUCUAUUACCAAAGGAAGAGAGGCUGAGAUAAGAAAGCAAGCAGAAGCAGUGAAGAAAGAGAUAAGGUCACUGCUCAAAAGCACCAUUGAGGACAAGUUUGUAAAAGAAAUUGAUGAGAUUGUGGCUAGGAAGCUCCAGUUGCUUGAGAAGCAGAAGGAAGAGAGUCUCAAUGCCUCAGAUGAGAUAGAAGAGUUUGAUCCAAUAGAGAAAGCUGAUAUACAGUUUAUUAGAAGCAACAAUGACUCCAUCAGUCAUCAUGUUGGUAGAAUAGUAUCUAGUGCUGGACUGGAGGAGUAUAAAGUAAAGGAGAUCACUGCCAUUAAGCAUAUACCAAAAGAUCAUGCAAUAUCAUUUCAACUAUCAAUAGAAUCACCAGACGAUGAAAGAUCUCUUUUAGUCUUACCAGCCUCUUCUCUCUCUUUCAAUAUUAUACCUGAUACUGCUACUAAGCUUUGUCAAGUCAUUAAUGCUAAAAUGAUCUCUACUGAUAAACCAGGAGUUUACCAGGUUAUAUAUAAUCCUAUUAUUAGAGGACAUCAUCAAGUUCACGUGACAGCUCUUGGCGUUCAAUUGAAAUCAUCUUCCUUUACAAUACCAUUCAAUCCUUAUGAUGAACAUGUAGCUCCCAUUCGUACGAUAAAUGGUGUUAAUCGUCCUCGUGGUAUUACUGUCAGUGAUGAUGGGCAUAUUAUAGUAUCAGAGUCAGAGGAUGAUUCUUAUAUUGUUAGUGUACUGAGUAAAGAUGGAAAGAAACUAAAAUCGUUUGGUAAAGGAACUAACGAUAUAACAUUUUCUUCUAAUUAUGGAGUGGCCAUUAGCGAAGAUGGCUUUAUUCUUGUUGCUGAUACUGACAAUCACAGGAUACUCAAGAUAAGUAUGGAUGGUGAGUAUGUUACUUCAGUUGGUAGUAAGGGCACUGGGGCAUUUCAGUUUCAGUGUCCUACCAGUAUUGCUGUUUCAUCAAUAAAGAAACAUAUUUAUGUUAUUGAUAGGGACAAUUGUCGUGUACAAGUUCUCAAUUAUGAUUUAACAUUUUGCUAUAAAUUUGGUAAAUUAGGAACUGGCAAUGGGGAAUUUAGCAAUCCUGUUGAUGUUGCUAUAGAUAAAGAAGGAUUUGUUUAUGUUACUGAUUGCAAUAAUAAUCGCAUUCAGAAGUUUACUAACUUUACUCAUGAUGGCAAUUAUGUUUGUCAGUUUGGUGGUCAAGGGUCUGGUCCUGGCCAGCUUAAUUAUCCAGCAGGUAUUACAGUAGACACUACUGGUCUGGUGUAUGUUAGUGAGUAUGGUAAUCAUCGUGUUUCAGUCUUCACUAGUGAUGGCCUGUUUCUGUGUAGCUUUGGAGGAAGAGGAGAUGGGGAAAAGCGAUUUAAUGCCCCUAAUUUUGGAAUAACAUUUGAUCAAGAUCAUUUCCUUUACAUUUGUGACACUGGCAACAAUAGAAUAGUAGUUUAUUAAUGUUGACUAUUAAUUUUAGUUAGUGCUAAAUGAGUGUUUGAUAAU